AUGGUCCAGCCGACAAAGGAAUCCCUUGAGGUGAAACCGCAAGCAUAACUUAAAGCGGGAAGAAAUUUUGAUGUUUUUACAGCGACGUCAUUCAAGACCCAAGUGGUGGCCGGGACCAAAUUCUUCAUUAAGGUUCAUGUCGGUGGACAUGACUAUGUUCAUCUGAGGGUUUUCAGAACGCUGCCCCACGCUGGUCUUAAACUGGAACUGCACAGCUUGCAGGCAGCAAACACUGAUGGAGACUCCAUAGAGUACUUCCUAUUACGGAGGAUACCUGCAGAGAAUGACACACGUCCAGCCCCUGAUGCCCAGGCUCUGCUUACCUAUGCAGUGUGCUUAUAAUAUGGAUUUGUAAUCAUUUUAAAGUUUUGUCACGCGUCUGUACCUUAAUUUGCCAAAUAAGUGUGAAUGAAUGUGUAAUAUGCUGCAUCCUCAUAAGUGUCAAUUAAAAGUUUUUUUCUUCCCUUAAAUAGCAAAAAAUAACAUACAUAUGGCUGCAUAGUAGUGACAGCAAUGAAAUAAGCUAAAAAUGAGCAGCAUAGCAGAGGACAUUGUGACCUCAGAUGUUGCAGCAGAGAGCAAAUAUAAUCCAUCAAAUCAGUGCAAGGUACUCAGGCUAAAGGUGUGUUGACACUUUGAUUAAUAUAUAACAGCAGCAACUCGGGUGACAUUUAAGGUUUAGUGAUGUCACAGCGCCCUCUGUGGGUCUUGCAUACAGAGUCAACUCCUGCCUCUUUAAUGAAGUUCUACCCUCUCCAUCCUCCCCUUAUCAUUGUCAGAAUUACAACAGCUGUGUUUCCUACUUUCACAAAAUACUUUUUUCAGGUUAUCCAUUUUAAAGAAUCAAUAUCAUGAGCAAAUUUUGAAGCGGAAGCAUGGAAUAAACUGUCAAUGCAUUGUGAGAUAUUUUUUUCGCAUUUCCGGUAGGAAGCGGUUGGUUCUGUAGCUCAGUGCCCCUUUAAAACAUGCUGCAUGGAGGGAAGCCCCUGGACCCAUUUCUGGUUCUGUGCUCUAAUUUGUUGCUGGACAAUUUUCCCACGUCAUUCUACAAACAAAGGUUUGGCAUCUUCUGAAGUCUCCCGCUGUGCUGAAAUGAAAGACAUGCAGCGGUGCGGCAUGCAGCUCCCAGCUCAGCAGUCAGUACCUUUGGCUUUUUUUUCCACAAACCACCCAUUUUA